CUUCUGGUACUGCAGCGGGGCUGCUUUCCGCUGUUCUCUCACAUCUGCACAUCUGGGAUGAAAGGCUCGAAUGGGAGAUGGGAGUCAAGCAUUUCACUUUCCUCACUGCAAGAGGCAGAAGCUGCUGGCGGCCGCUGCGUCCGGGUGCCCCGUGCGGUGCUGGCAGCAGGGUUGUGCCUGCUCAUCCUGCAGCAGCCAUGAGGCUCUGGGGGAGUGCAGCCUGUGGGCACCUCUGCCUCUUAGUGACGGUCACUCUUUGCUCCCCCUGGCUUUGCUGCCACUGCCCUUUCUACAACAACUUUAGAUUUCUUCUCUAGCAGCUUUACCACGUGGCGUGUCCCCCAGCUUUUACACCACGGCUGAGCAGAGUUGUGCUUUAGGCAGCAGCUUCACGUCCCCCUGUCAUGCUGAAAACAGCUCGUGGCUCUCAUAGCACCAGAUUGCUGACAGGAGUUUGGCACUGGCUGCCUGGGAUUGCAGUGACCGCGGAGCAGGAAGGGCAGCCCCCAGCUUGGCUCUGCUGCUUGACCUUACACUGUGCUGGGGCAGUUCUUAGAAUGCCUUCAGGUCGCAUCUCCUGAGGACUGGGCCUUCUUUUUUUCAGAGCUUCAUCAGCCAGAAUUAGAAUUGUCUUUUUCCAGGACUCAUAAAAAGGACUGGAUUUUGUCACCAAAUGGAAAACUUUUGAGCUCAAAGUAGCAACGGAAACAGCCUGGAUUGCUGUUUGUUCCUUGUCAAGCUCUGAAAAGCCCUGUCUGACAACAGUACAGCAUUGUAGAACUCAAUCCAGAUAAUCAACAGCUGUGAAAGUAACAGUAAAAAAAAGAACUUUCAUUUUUGUUUUACUGAUGGUGACGUUUUUCUAUUUCCUACCGUCUGGGUGUGAGCUUCUCGAAGGAAUGUAGAAAAGUCAUUUUCAUGGUUGUUAUUGCAGAAUCACAGAAUGGUUUGAGUUGGGAGGGACCUCCAAAGGCCACCCAGCCCAACUCCCCUGCAAUGAACAGGACUGGGGGUGCUGCUGGAUGGCAGCUGGACGUGAGCCAGCACCGUGCCCCCCCAGCACCUCCCCGUGCUCCCACGUCACUGAUUCAUGCAGAGGGGACGUGGCUGCACGGGACCAGGUGAGCUGAGGGGAUCUCAAACAGCCCCGUGCUGCCACGUGCCCUGCUCUGAUUUCCCAUUUCCACACCACAGCACAAACCCAGAACUGACACCGUUUUGAAGCCUGUAGAAGUAACUUCUACAGUGUCUUGCUCUCGAUCUCAGUUAGAUGCGCUUAAAAAUAAGUUGGUCCAGGAAACAGAGGUUCUUCUUCAUUCAUCAAAGCACACACUGGGGGCUUUGUUUGCUUUCCUGUUUGUUUGUUUUGCUUUUAAGCAAUGGAUUUUUCUAUGAGAAGAAAAAGGCUUCAUGGGAAUUGCAGUGCACAAAGAUGCAAGCCUGAACAAACGCACUGUCCGGCUGUACAGACGCAGAAGCUCAUUUUGCUGUUUUCCUGAUGUGGUUUUCAUUUCUGGCAUUUACCACCCCCUUCUCCCUAGCUCUGGGGUUGUUGUUUUCGUUUCUUCUUUUACAAGCUUGUUCUGGUUUUGGUACAAACCAAACUGAAGCUCGUGUUCAUUGCACGGGGGGCAUGUGUUGCAGGACCGGCUCCUGCCAGUGUCUCCUCCCUGACAGGCAAUGAACCUCCCUCAGAUGCACGUCCUGGCCAAGAAGGCAGCAAUGGUUUCCUGUAAAUGGGUGGGAGAGGAGGAACAAGGAAAGAAUGUGGCCACACCCCCACGUAAUUAGAGCCGCGCAAUGGGAGAACGAAGCCAGGCACAUGCAAGGUGGCACCAGAGGGUGGUGGCCAAUGGCUCCGUGUCUGGAUGGAGAUCACGGACAGGUGGCGGCCCUCAGGGCUCAGUGCUGGGACCGAUACCUUUAAUGUCUUCAUCAGUGACACCGAGAGCGGGAUCGAGUGCCCCGUCCCUGCAGACACCCAAGGCCCGGCUGUCCAGGCUCUGAGCUCCUGACGGAGCUGUGGGUGACCCUGUGCGCUGCAGGGAGCUGGACUGGUUGGCCUUUGGGGGUCCCUUCCAACACAAACGGUUCUGUGGUUCUAUAACCUGUUGAAAAUGAGAAGUGGCUGGAAGGUGUGUGCUCUUGCAGCCAUCGCUCUGCUGUGAUCUCGCUCCACGCAGCCCCGUGCAGUGCCCACCGCUCACGUGGUGAGAGGCGAGGAGAUACGUGGAUGCCUGCUUCCCUGUGCCAGGUGCUGGGUGAGAGGCGGCUCAGGGGCAGGAGGGCAGAGGCUCCCAGGGACCUGGGGGCAUUGCAGGUGUCCCAGCACAAGAACGGGAUGUCACAGCGUUAUCUAUGGAUCUGUGUUCGUGACGGGGACAGCAGGCCCACAGGCCCACCGGCCCAGAAAAGAGAGAAAGGAGGAAGAAAAAGAAGUGUUGGCGGUUUAGGGGCCAGCCCGGCGUGGCCCCAUGGCUGAUGCGGCAGGGGACCCGCGGACCCACGCCCUGGGGAAAACAAAGGGAAAAGGGGAAGGGUAGGAAAACUGUAGAUGGGUCUAAAAUAAAACAGCGGCACCAAUCUGAGGAGGAAUGUUAAUUUACUAAAUAUGAUAUCGAAACUGAGGCCAAUAAAUCAAAACAGAGAGAGUUCAAAGCUGAGAUUGUUACUCAGUAGGGUGCAGGGGGACCACGUGCUUCUCCAUCGCAGAUGAAGAAGGGAACCUCCCGCUCUGCCAGGCGGCUUCACCAGCCCCUCCAGGUGCAAAGACCCCUGGGGAGUGCAGCUCCUCCCUCCCCCUCCGAGAACCAAGCACCCAAAAAGGCAGUCCACAGAAACCAGGACAUUAACUCCUUAACUGCCAGUGCUUUACAUGAUGCUAUGAUGUGAAAUACCGACAACAAAAAAUCACAAAACCAUGACACGGGAACAGCCCAAAGAGCAGCAGCCUGGGACAGCCCUGAAAGCAGGAGGGCUCCUCCAUCCGAUAUGUGCACAAGAACCCAUUGCCAUGGGCCCUGCGGGUGCUGGCAGCUUAAAGGGCAUCAAAAGAAGGCAGAUAAAUCACAGAUUUCUCUAUUACCAAAUGGAUAAAAUCUCUCAGGGAGGAAGCUUUGGUGUCACAAAAGAGGUGAGAACCCCAAUGGAUGUGUGAAGAAAUCCCAAGGAGAGGGGAGUCUGCAUGCAGCAUGCAGCCAGCAAGGCAUUAGGCAACAGGAGCACCAAGCACCCGCUGUGUGCCGCUGGCCAUGUGCAGACAGGAGGCAGGCAAAGGGCAGAGCCUGGAAGCACAAGCGAGAGGGGCAGAAAUUGGGUGGGGGAAUUGAAAGAGCAGGAGAGCGGCACAGCCACGGGCAGGAGUGGGGAGUGGGGAACAGGCCCCAGGAUGCCCCAGGAUGCAGGUGUAGAAGCGGGCGUCUGCCCAGCAUUUUGGCCAGCCUUGGUGUCGGGGAGGCACAAAGCUCCCCGCCUCUAUCAGGAGCCCGGCUGUGGCAAUGCCCAGGUGGGUGAGCAAGGCGGGCGGUGGCAGCGGGAGCUCUGGCCGUGCCCUCCGUGCUCAUGGGCAGAGCCCCCGAGCUUGCCCUGGGGCUGUGGUGGGAAUGCUGUGAGUCAGCCUCACUGAAGGAAUCCGUUUCUGCCGAAGUUCUCCUUGCCCUGGAAACCUGCACUUAGCAAAAACAAGCUUGCUUUCAUUUCCUUCCUCAUUCUGGCCCAACACAGCGCCUUUGUGAGCUGCCAGGGAUGCUGGGGUUUUCCAGAGCCAUCAACUCCUGCGUGUUGCAACCUGCAGCGUUCCCCCGGAGCUGCCCAGGGCAGGAUCCCUGAAGCCAGAGACACCCCCCAGUGCCCAGCGUGGUAGGCUCCACGCCUUCACUUGCCGCCUAGAGCUGCCGGAGCAGCUUUCAUUUUCAUUUUGUUCCACUUUGGGUUUGCAGCAGCCGUGCCGCUCUGCCCUCUCCCUGCACCGGGAGCUGGCGAGGAUCCUGCGUGUAGCGGUAGCAUCCAGAGGAAGCGGAAGCCGUGGCUGUGCAUGUUGAGCACUACUACGCCCAUUGCCCGCAGCACAGGCAGCCCAGGCAGAGCCCAGCAUCACAGCCGCCACUCGCAGCUGCUGCCGCCCCCCGCUCCUGCUUGCAGAUGCCCCAGGACCUGUCGCCUAGAAGCAGCCCCGCUGCCCUGCUCAUCCCCGAGCCCCGCGCAGGGCGGGCGCAGCGUGCAGCAUGCGUGCUGCUGGCUGUGUGCUUUGUGGUGCUGUGCCUGACCGGGGAGCCCCUGGUGCCCAUCACCCACCGUGCCUGCACCCAGCUGGCGGCCCUGCAGCUCGGGGUGCUGCUCAAGGGCUGCUGCUGCCUGGCCGAGGAGAUCUUCCACCUGCACUCCAGCCCGCCUCUUGCCCCUCGUCCACCCAGGCACCACAGCAGCCUCUGGCGGGUGCUGUGUGCCUGCUUCCCUCCACGCUGGCACCUGGCCCUGCUCCUCAUCGGCUGCUCAGCCUACCUGGAGCCACAGGAGGACAAAGGGAACAGCCCCCGCCUCGUUCUCGCCUGCCUGUGCCAGCUGCUGGUCCUUGCCCUCGGGCUGCAGAAGCUCUCAGCAGUGGAGGUAUCAGAGCUGACCGAGAGCUCCAAGAAGAAUGUCGCACACGGCCUUGCCUGGUCCUACUACGUCGGCUACCUGAAAAUAGUUCUGCCACGCCUGAAGGAGUGCAUGGAAGAGAUCAGCAGGGCCCACCCCAUGCUGCGGGCACACCGCGACACCUGGAAGCUCCACAUCCUGAUCCCACUGAGCUGCGACAUCUGGGAUGACCUGGAGAAGGCUGACAGCAAAAUCCAGUACCUGACAGACCUCCCUGAGACCACCCUGACCCGGGCGGGCAUCAAAAGGAGGGUGUACAAACACAGCCUGUAUGCGAUCAGGGACGAGGACAACAAGCUCAGGCCCUGUGUGCUGGAGUUCGCGUCCCCGCUGCAGACGCUGUGCGCCAUGUCGCAGGACGAGUGGGCAGCCUUCAGCCGGGAGCAGCGGCUGGAGCAGGCCCAGCUGUUCUACAGGACACUGCGGGACAUCCUCGGCAGCUCCAGGGAGUGCGCGGGGACGUACCGCCUCAUCGCCUACGAGGAGCCGGCAGAGGCCGAGAGCCACUUCUUGUCCGGGCUGAUCCUCUGGCACCUGCAGCAGCAGCAGCGCGAGGAGUAUAUGGUGCAGGAGGAGCUCCCCCUGGACUCGGGCUCCAUGGAGCUCAGCCUGCAGGUCAGCACCUCUGACCUGCCCCAGCCACUGCGCAGCGACCGCCCCUGAGCCCCGUGUUCCCAUGGUCCCCAGCAUCGCAACUGCCCCCAGAGCAGCUGCCCGCAGCCCUGUGACAUGCUUUCCAUUGCCAUUUGUGUUGUGUAUUUCUCGUGUACAUAUAUGAAUCUUUGAUGUUUUCUAAUCUGGUUUUGGCUCGUAUCGUAUCGAGGGAGCUGGGGGUGUUCAGCAUGGAGAAG